AUGACUUUCGACAACAGUAAAAAGAUUGACGUUCUGAAUGCAGACAUCACCAAAGUUUUGCUGGCCCCAGCCAAACUUCAGCUGUCUACAAGUGAAGAGGAACAUAUAGUAGAUUUAAUACUGGAGGUUAGUCAUGAGAUCAUUGGAACAACGGAAGAGAUUGAAAAUGCCAAGAGACUAAUUGAAGAAUGCCUUAGUGGUGGUGAUUAUAAUGGUGGUGGAGGUAGACGUGGUGGAUAUGGCGGGGGGCGUAGACGUGGUGGAGGAGGAUAUGGCAGAAGAGAUGACGGUGGAGGAUGGGGCAGAAGAGAUGACGGUGGAGGAUGGGGCAGAAGAGAUGACGGUGGAGGAUGGGGCAGGAGAGAUGACGGUGGAGGAUGGGGCAGGAGAGAUGACGGUGUAGGAUAUGGUAGAAGAGAUGACGGUUGA